GCCUCUGCAGACAAGAGGAGCCGCUGCGUGUUCACGCUCUCCCUGGUUUUUCAUUAAGUGUGAACAUUCUCGAAAAGGCAGAAGUUUCAGAAAAACCAGGUGUCUUCUGUGUAUUUUGAUUCCAGUGGCAUCGGUGAAGGACGGCAUGCAGUCUUACUACCCCAGCAGCGGGGCAGUACGGUGGGCCCGCCAAUAAAUACGGUGAUUCUGCCUUGUCCUGAACCCGGACCCUUUCACAGACCUGCCCAAGACUGUCCUACACCAUCUGACCUCAUUUGUGGUGGAAUCUCUUUAACGAGGCCUCUUCAGCGUGUGUGUAACCGAGAGAGAGAUAGAGAAAGUGUGUGUUGCCAUGGCUUUCACACUUUCAGAAAUCAUGGCAGCCCGGCGACAGCAACAACAGUCUCAAAGAGCAGGAAGAGGAGUCGUAGAAGUGGACGAAUAUAGCACCAACCCAACUCAAGCAUUCACCUUCUACAACAUCAACCAGGGUCGCUUUCAGCCCCCCCACGUCCACAUGGUAGAUCCGUUACCCCACGAUGCCCCCAAGCCCCCUGGCUAUACGCGCUUUGUCUGUAUCUCAGACACACACUCUCGCACUGACACCAUUCAGAUGCCAUACGGUGACGUCUUACUGCACGCUGGAGACUUCACAGAGCUCGGCCUGCCCAGCGAGGUCAAGAAGUUUAACGACUGGCUCGGCACUCUGCCCUACGAGAUCAAAAUCGUUAUAGCCGGGAACCACGAGCUGACGUUUGAUCAAGAGUUCAUGGCAGACCUGAUAAAGCAGGAUUUCUACUACUUUCCCUCGGCCUCCAAACUCAAGCCGGAGAACUAUGAGAAUGUGCAAUCCCUGCUCACCAACUGCAUCUACCUGCAAGACUCUGAUGUUACCGUCAGGGGUUUCCGUAUCUACGGCUCACCGUGGCAGCCAUGGUACUACGGCUGGGGUUUUAAUCUCCCACGAGGACAAGCUCUGCUGGACAAGUGGAACCAGAUCCCAGACUCCACGGAUAUCCUUCUCACACACUGUCCUCCUCUGGGUUUUUUGGAUUGGGUGCCCAGGAAGAUGCAGCGUGUUGGCUGUAUGGAGCUUCUGAACACAGUCCAGAGGAGAGUUCAGCCCAAACUACAUGUGUUUGGACACAUUCAUGAAGGUUACGGUAUGAUGACCGAUGGGACCACCACGUUCGUUAACGCAUCAGCAUGCACGGUGAACUUCCAGCCAAUGAACCCGCCCAUUGUUUUCGACUUACCCAAUCCCAGGAGCUCAUGAUUGAACUGAGAUCCGCCCACUACCUCGUUCUUUCAAUCAGGGUCCAUUUUUGAGCGUGUGUGGAUACUGUGUAGUGUAUAUACCUGUAGAGCUGGCAAGAAAGACGCUACUUUAGAUAUUCCCAAGGAAAUUUUCAUCUUUUUUGUGCUGUCUGCAUGCUCAAACAUGAAUAGUGGCAUUUUGCCUCUUUCAAAUGGGCGUUUGAACUCUUUUCUGACUCUCUGAGUUGCACUUGAAUCGGCAUGACAAUCGCGUAAUUAUAAGGACAUGGAAGCCAAUCAGUGCUCAUGGUGGGAAGCCAAGCUUUCUUCUUAUUAGCUGGCACUUAUUAAAGGAACUUGGUAACCUUGUAGCCUCAAUGGACCACUAACUUAAAAAAAUAAAAUAAAAAAAAGUCUCAGUCUCUCAUCCUACUUUUUCCUAUCUGUUUUAUCUGCUCUAUUGUUAUAUGUUGCUCUUUUCAACUUGGGGCCAUGUUGGAUUAUAUUGGGAGGAAUAUACUUGCCCUAAACUGGAAUGUAAUAUUUAUAAUAUUGAUGGUAAAAAAGAAACAUAACAAAAUUCCUUCCACUUUUCAUGCUUUCUUUAUUGUUCGAUUUACUGUAAACGUGCAAAACUGUGAGUGUGUUUUAAAGCAAACCGUCCAUUACUGAUGCUGUGUGAACUUUAUCAGUAGUUUGAAGUGUUUGUUUAAGGUCAAAUAUUUAAAAGUUAUUCUAAAGCUCCUCAGUUAACGUCCCACCUCCGAAUAUCAAAGACUCUGUACGCACGCAAAGUGCGCUUUUGCAUAACAAGACGUUGCACUUUGAUCCACAUGCUCCCCACUAUAAUUUAUUAACAUUCCUCCUGGCGAUAAUUUAUUCCCAUGUGUUUUACAGCUCUACAGCAUUAACUGUGUGUGGCAUUAGGCCUAAUACAACGGUUCUGUUAGAUGUGCAGAGGUUUUUCAUCUACUCCAUAUAAAUGGAUGAAUAAAAAUGAACA